AACUUUUUUUUCCCGCCAUGAAAGCAGCUGAAGGGCGAACCAGUACGGUCAAUCGUGAGCUUUCAGCGACAACUCACGCCCAAAGGGCAGGGGAGGACUGGAAUCUACAAGUUCUGUCAUGGAUCCUUUGUCCAUCGCAGCCCAUGCAGGGCAACUACGGGUUUGUUGUGACGAGAUUAUCAAUCUCAGCGCCCGAAUUCUCGCCUCCAAAAUCCCGGACUCAGACUCGGUCCUCUCAGGCCUCAACCGGGAGCUGCCCUAUGUUGCCUCCUCGCUGGAGGAAAUCCAGCAGGUUUGGAAGACGCAUGGCCCUACCCUCAUGAUGCACCCGGCUGCCGGGUUUGGCAUGUGGCCUAAUGUCCAGAAGAACCUUGAAAGCGCCAACGUCAGCUUUCAGGCAGUCAAGAGCAAGCUCAUCCCCGUUCUGGAGAGCGUGGGCAAGAGGGGAGGCUUUCUCGGUAUCAACUCGGGAGCAUUCAAGUUUGGUCUGCGGGUCAGAGCCCUGGCCGUGUACCAAGAGCGCAUCAGAGCUCACCACACAGCCUUUCGAAUUGGCACGAACAUGAUGACCAUGUAUGUCCGCCUCGUCUCUCGGCCUAAUGGCGUAAUCAUGCUGCGUUCUCUCUAACGGGGUCGGGCGUCUCAAGAUGCGUCGGCUCCACUGAUCGGCAGUCGUCUCUUGUUGCUCUCAACGGCUAUAUCCAGAGCCUGGCUGCCGCCAAGGGGUCGUUAAGUAAGGAGUCCUUUGUGGGAACGGACGAGGAGAAGGAGAGAAAGCAGCUGGAAAUUACGUUAGAGUACCUUAUCGCAGCUGCGCGGUCAUUCCACUCCUUCAUAGCCUCAUCUCCGGCACCGGCUCA